UUAGAAACUUUUAAAAAGGCAUCUUUCAAAGUGCACCUUGCUCUUAAGGUUCUAAAAAGUUAAUAGAGUUUUUGGAUCACAAAAUAAGACAAUAAAUUGAUUGUUAAUCUAAGGCGAAAAACACAUUUUGGUCCCUACAUUUUGACUCGAUUCCCGUUUUAGUCCCUAAGUUUUUUUUUUACCGCUUUUAGUCCCUCUCCAGAAAAACGGUUCCAUUUUAGUCCCUACCAUUACUUCAUAAACGGAUAUUGCUGAUGUGGCAAACGGUAUUGGUAGUCAAUAAUAAAAUAAUGUCUACAGUACCACUGUUAGUUACUCCCGCCCCUUCCUAGUCACUUGCCACUCACAUGACGGUCCCUAACCAAGCAAAACCCCAAAUCACCCAAAUAGAAAUCCCUAACCCCCAAAUUUCCUCAGCUCCUCGCUCAUCAGUCACCACACGGAUUGAAGUCCCUCACCAGUUACGAACUCAAAAACACCUUCAAAUCAAUUGCUCCUCGCUCACCACACAGCCGAAAACCAUCUUCAAAUCAACUGCUUUCCAUGGAUUCAAGCUCGACGUUAUCGAGUGGAAGCUUGAGGAAAAGGGGCCCAGCCCGAUGCUUCUGCUCGGAGAGACCCGUUGUGGUCGUUUCGUGGACAUCUGACAACCCUGGAAGCAGGUUCCACGGUUGUCCAAAUUACUGGGUUGGACGCAAGUGUAAAUUUUUUCAGUGGCUUGAUGAUGAAAUCUGCGAGCGUGGGAAAGUGCUGAUUCCGGAGCAGAGGCAACGGAUUUUGACCCUUGAAGCUCAAAUUGUAGGCUACAGGAAGAGAGAGAAGAGGCUGCUCAUUUGCCUGGGGCUGUCUCUGGUGAUAAGUGGGAUGCUACUUUGUUUGAUGCUUCUUCUGGUUGGCUAAAUAGGUGGGGGGGAAUGGGUCAUUAGGUGGGUAGGUGUUAGUGGAAAAAGGCUUGAAUUUUGUUGUAUGUAUUAGUGGCAAAAGGCCUGAAUUUUGGUGUAUGUAUUAGUGGAAAAAGGCCAUAAUUUGUGUUGGAAUGUGUUGUUUGUAGUAGUGGGAAAAGGCCUGAUUUUUUGGUGUAAUUCUCUUUGCAAUCCAAGACUUUAGCAAUGGAAUAUGGUCUUUUUAAUUAAUCUA